UUGUUUGCUUGUGGUGUUUGUUACCGUAAUUCUUCUCAUGCAGCUUCUCACGAAACUACACUCUGCAAAAUCUCUCUCAUAUUGCAGAAAUAUAUACAUACACACACGUUGCUUGUUUGCUUGUUGGUUUCAGCUCUAGCUCGUCCCUUACCGAAAGAAAUACCAGACCAGAGAGAAUCAAGGCACCCAUCCCAAACAACCAUCAAUUAACGCUUUCAAAUAGUUCACUUUGAGGACAUCGAUCAGGUGGAAGGCCGAAAAGGAAUAUAUUCACUCAUGGAGUCUCCAAGGGAAAGUUUCUCCGGGUCAGGAGUACCACAACAUCUGAUUGGUUGUGUUAAUUGUGUUAUAUUCGUUUGCAGGAACGACGGAGAUUACCGACGGUGUGUUGCUGCUUGCUUAGUUGAGGGAGUGUACAUUCAGGAACAUGAUCGCCAGAAGAAUAGCCAAGGGACUCCUCAAGCUCUUGCUCCUCCCUGGUGGGAGUCUUUUGGAUUUAAGUUGAUCGAACAGCUAGAAGAUGUUAAUGAUCACUCCAUCUUUGGUGCAAUUUAUGAGAUCGUUUCUUCCCACUAUUUGGAUGAGGCCCCAAAACGUGUUAUUGCAUUUCGAGGCACACUCUUCAAACGAGACACUUGGCGUCAGGAUCUCAAGUUGGAUUUCGAGAUCUUUUUCAACAGACUUCAAGAGAGCUCCCGCUUUGGGCUUGCAAUGGAAAUAGUUCGAAACAUGGCCGCAGAAUAUGGAGCUGCAAACAUCUGGUUAGCUGGACAUUCUUUGGGGUCAGCCAUGGCGCUGCUCGUUGGGAAGAACAUGUUUAAGAAUAUGGGCUAUGCUAUUGAAACUUACCUUUUUAAUUCACCAUCCAUUAGUUCUUUUCCAAUAGAACAGCGGUUGGAGAAUGAUAAAGCCAAGAAUGCGUUACGCUCUGCAAAAGGUUUCCUCAAGACGGGAGUUACUUUUACUCUGAAAGGUCAUCAACAAAGGCGUGAAGAUCGUAAAAAUUUUGUUGCAUUAUCUGAAUGGGUCCCCAACCUGUUUGUGAAUCCUUAUGAUCCUAUCUGCUCAGGGUAUAUUGGGCAUUUUCAAAAACGGAAGUCUAUGGGAAAACUCAGAACACGUAUUUCAAUUAGUGGGACAUUGGAAUCAGAACUACUACUUCCUUCAGCAUUUCUGACUCAAAAUAUGAACCCUUCCAAGAAUUUUAUACCAGACCAUGGAAUCCAACAAUGGUGGAGCCCAGAACUGAGCUCGCAUUCCGAGCGACACAUAUUCAAGUUCAAGUAGCUAUUUGAUUUCUUAUAGUAAGAUGUUGAUGUUGUUUGCUGGUUUAAAUACUUUAAUUUUAAACAAGAUGGAUAAUUAGAAGAUUAAGAUAAAGAUUGAAAGUGGUGAAGGACCAUUUGGAAGUGGUGGUUGGUGGGUUAUCCAGGCUUGGAAAUUGCAUGGUGAUCCAGUUUGAUGGAUAGUAGGAGUUUGUUAUUUUGUUUUAGCAUAAAUAAUGGGAGAAACAUUCCUUGUAAAGGGUCCAGCACCUCACAAUCAACUAAAUAAAAUUCUUUCUAAAUCA